AUGGGACUUGGCAACGAUUUGAAUACACUAAACAAUUUUCGAUCAUCAUCACAAUGGUCACCAACAUUAAAUAGUAGCAUGUCAAUACCUCCACCACCUUUUCAACUUGAACAACAACAGCAACAGCAACAGCAGCAGCAACAACAACAACAAAGUCCAAUAUUUGUAAAUGAACAACAGCAACAACAACAACAACAACAGAAUCCAUUAAGUUUUAAUCAAGAAUUAACAAAUAGUUUUGAACAGCAAUUACUUUUACAACAACAGCAACAACAGCAACAACAGCAGCAGCAUCAACAACAGUUUCCAAGAUCAACAAAUGAAUUAUCACCAACAGUAAAUGUUAGUUAUCAUAUAUUAAAGAUUUUAGGAAAUAUUUUGAAGGAUAAAGUUAAUCUACAAGAGUUUUUACGAUCGUCUGACUCGAUUUCAAUGUUAAUCGAAACAUUUACAUUCCAAUCAGGCGAUCCUACAUUCUCACCACUCAUUCCAAGUCAACUAGUAAGAACAUUCGCACAAAUCAUGUCAAGUUGUUGUCAUUCAUUAGAUUCAAUGAGUUUAAUACAUGAUAAAAAAUUGAUUGAGUUACUAUUAAAUGUAUUAGGUGAACAAGAAAGACAGACAAUUAAACUACCGGUUUCGACAAUCAUUGAGUUAUCACAGGUUAUUGUAUAUACUGUAAAGAGUUCUUCAAGAUUGAUGGUAUUGCUACACGACGAUUUCGAUGCCAACAAUGGUUAUUCUAUUCUUUUAAACACAUUCAUCUAUAUCGCAGACUAUGGCAGUUUGAAGAACAAACUAGACAUAAUCAACGUUGCAUGCAAUCUCCUCUUUGUACCCGUCCGAAAAGAAUUAUACUUGGAUCACCCCAAUAAUAAUAGUCCACAAGAUUCAAUUUAUCAACCAAAUAAUAUAGCCAAGACAUCGUUGAAAGUUUUCAAUAUUUUUAUCAAUGUAUUUUCAAUCACGAAUUCAGAGGAGAUGAAAACAGAGUUGUUGAAAUGUAUAAAGGGAAUAUUCUAUAUGAGUUUGACACUCUCGCUGGAACAACAGAGCAAUGGAUCACAAGACAACUUUGACUUGAUCAACGGCAGCAGUGAAGAUAGUAUUGGGGUGUUCCACAAGCUCGAGCCAUUCAAGAUAUUCUUUUCGCAAUUCGAGCAUCUCAACCUGUCGAAUCGAAAGUUGAUUCUCGAGAUGAUGGAUGAAAUGCUCGCAAAGAAUCAGAUCAAGGAGCUGGAGAUAAAGUUCUAUGUGACGCUGCUCGAGUGUAAGAUGCCCUCGACAGUGCUGUUGUCCAACCACAUACAAUCGCUCUUUGUUGAAUCGGGUGGAUUGCGACUUCUCUACAAACUACUGCCCGACGAAUAUCUCAUUCAACAAUCGCUACAGGUAAUCUCGACACUUGCAAUUGGCGAUCUUCGUAUCGAAUCGAAAAUCAUUACCGACCUAGUUGAAGUACUCCAAUCGAAUGGAGGAGCAACUACUCUUGAUUCCAAAAUAUUCUGGCAGCAAUGUGUUAUAUAUUUCAUAAGAAUUACAAUGCAAAGAGUUCAUUUAUUUCUGCGGGUGGAUUCACUUGGUGUGUCUCCAUACUGGAUGGAAUCAGUCGAUGUUAAUAUGACUUCCAAUAGUAUGAUGAUGAAUGGCAAUGGAUCGGCAGUGGGCGGUAGCGUAGGUGGACCGGGCAGUGGCAACUCCAAGUACAAAUCAAAGACUACCAACAAUGAGAUAUUCUUCUUCCUCAAGGUGCUGAUUGACACCCUCUCAGCGGUAAUGAAGAGUAAUCCCGACAAUCAAAAGUAUUUCCGAGAGGAAAUUCAGUUUUCAACUCUCUCCAAUACACUUGGUGGCUGUGGUUACAUGGAGGGAGUCUACUCUGCAUCGCUCUGUGACAGUUUACUCAAUAUGGCGGUCAGUGGAAGUUGGCCACCUUCAUGCGAGCAACAUUCUCUCGAGGAAGGUUCUCUCCUCUCUGUUUAUUCGCCAAUCUCCAGUUUCUUCCCAACCAACUCAUCGUUCUCCUCAAAAGAUUUUAGUAUUGCAAUAGCCAACAAGAAUCAACAGAAUAACAACAACAACAACAGCAACAAUAAUAAUAACAAUGGUAAUUCGAUUAUUAUUGUACAACCACAACCACAAACACAACAAUUAUCAGAUUCUCUUGAUAGAAGUAGUGAUUCUAUUGAUAGUCCAUUGUUGGUGAAUGCUCAUAUGGCUAAUGCUUUGGCGUCGCCAGUCAGAAGAGGACGCUCCUAUACCAAUGAUUUCGAGCGUCCGACUCUAUCGACUACACCUCCACCCAUUCCAACCUAUACAUCGUUGGACUUGGCGACAGAGGUGAGAAUAAGUGGUGCUCCACAGAUCCACUCGACUUCGCGACUCCCAGAGAAGAGUUCACUUGCUUUGGCACAGGAGCGCUACUUCCAUUGUCAGCAAUGCCGUGAUUCACUCACGAUUGAGAAUCCCGAGAUUUUCAAACUGAUCAUCCGACUGAUGGGUGGAACCGAAGAGCAGAUUCAAAAGAUGGAGUCAAAGUCAUCGUGCUACAUCCUCAAGGAAAUCAUCUUCCUUGCCAACUGUUCGUUGUUCAACACUAAAACACUGUCGUCAUUGCUGAUUGAUAUCGUCGAUUAUUUCAAACCGCUGUUGAUCAAUAACAGUACUCAUUUGUUUGGCGGAAAGAAAGAGCAAUUGAAACCACUACUACUCGAACUCAUACAGUGUUUGGCCGGUCACAAUCUAACACUCCAAGAGUUCCGCAAAUACUUCCAGCUGCUCCGUGUCAAAGACUACCCAAUCGACUUGCUAAACCUCCUCGUCAAAGUAUCGAACCGUGAUAACCUCCCAACCUACUAUGCUGAGAUGUCAAAGUCAUCACUGGAAUGCAUUGACAUUCCUGGCUAUGGAGAACGUACUUGGCCACCACUCAAAGGUUUCGAUAAACAACCUAUAUUUUUAUAUAGUAUGGAAGGUGUGGUAGUUGGUUUCAAGGAUAAGACUUGUGAAUUUCAGAUAUUGUUGGACAAUGGAAUUGUGUCGUACAGAAUCAUUCAGAGUGGUGCCACUAUGGAGCAACAUACAUUUUCGGAAUUCUUUUUCCAUCCCGAUACUUUCUAUCACUUGUGCUUGACUCACACUGGAAUGAAUACACCUGGUGCCAGUACUCCUCAGAAAAAGACACACGUCAAGAUGUAUGUCAAUGGCUGUUUGCGCAGUCAAUUUGGAUUCACCUAUCCAAAGACUCAGAUGAUGUCGUUGUUUGUUAGAUUCGGUGGUUCCAACGCCGCCGUCCCAUUCAAAGAUUUCUAUAACAUAACCAACUGGCAUCUUGGAAAUGCCUAUAUCUUUGAGGAUCUUCCAACGGACAAGGAGAUAUUCUAUCUCUACCUGCUGGGACCGGAUCAUUACCGUGGACUGAAAGUCGAUAUCACUUCGGUUGAGAACAUUCAACCGCCAAUGGACAAACACACUAAAUUGCAUCCAAUUCUGAUUGAACAUCUUCAUACACCAACCGUUGCACAUCUUCAUUCGCUGCACGAUAAAAUACUAUCGAUUCUCUCUGCCAAGUGUCUACGUGUGACCAAAGCGCAUCGCAUUAUGAAUAACAAGUCUGAGGCAAUCACUCACGUCUCUGCACAACCACAGCAAUCGAGUGACAGUCUGUCAUUCCUCAAGCGAUCUUCAUCUAUUCGCGAUAGUAUGACUAGCGGAACGGAUCCGUCUCGCUCCAUGACAAUGACUGCCAGCACAUCGUCAUUGCUGUCGUCAAGUUCCAGUCGUGGACUUAUUCGUCGUGAUAGUCGAUCGACCUUUGGUGGUGAACAUCACCAUCAUCAAUCGAUGGAUAUGAAUACGACUCAAUCGAUCAUGUCGACAUCGGCCAUGUCAACGAUAGCCAGUGUGGUAGGAGGUGCCAUCGCACCUGUUAAAGUCAACAACAUCCAACAACUCUCUGCCAACUAUGUAUCGCUGCUUCAAACCGGACUUCCAAGUCCGUUGCCUCCAGGCGUUAUCUGUCAGCGUGGAAUCAAAGAUCAAGUUGCAGACACUGGUGGUGUCAGUGUCAUUAUCUACCUAAUGGCGAUAUCACAGGACAAGGAGUUCCAACGAUCCAGUCUGCGACUUCUUCAAUCGGUGGUUGCCAACCACCAGCAGAAUACGAUGGACAUGAAAGAGAUCUAUGGAUAUCAAAUGGUAAGCCAUCUCAUCCGCAAAAAGAGAUGGCCAUUGGAUGAAGGACUACUCUCCAUUCUCUUUUCUUUUGUAGGUGUACAAUCCACUCGUACCUCCAGUCAUUUCAUCAACGGUGUAGUUCAAAAUGUUUUGGCUUUGAAACACUUUUUAUUGGAGUGGGACAUAUGGCGUCGUGCUUCACUUGUCGACCAAAAGAAGUUGUUUGAAUCUCUCGAUAAGUUGGUGUCUGGAUUGCAUGAGAAUCAUGAUUUCAACAUAAUCAAAUUCCGACAAGCCGAUGCCUUUGAGAUCAUCUUGAAGAUAUGUCGCGAGGAUGAUGUUCCACUUGAAAUCAUCCCAUUGCUCAUGUCCAUCUUGGAUUCAAUCAAACAUCGUCCACCAAAGAUCAACGACGAUUUGAAUCUACUGAUUUCCUACUUGUUAGAGACCAGUCCAAAAGGCAAACCAACAGGACAGGCACGUCGUAAAAAGUCGAAUACCUACUUGAUGCAGGCUAUCAACAACAGUCAGACAUUCUCAAUCGACUCUGGUAAUGGCACUAAUAAUAGCUCAAAUGUAUCGACCCCACUCUCGACAUCGCCACCCUCCUCUGGACAAUCGACUCCUCUCGCACCGUCACUUCACGAAUCAAUGCGUAUCUCCAUAUUGACACUACUGCUCGACAUUCUCAGUCGAUCCGACCACUCGGUCAUCGAAGAGUUCCAUUCGAUCUGCAGUUUGGAAUCUAUUUUCGGAUUGUUGGUAAAUGAAUCUAUCCCAAUUCGUAUACUAUUCCUCAAGGUUAUCGAUCUUUUCCUAAAGGUUCCAUCCAUUAAUAUUCACUUCCAAAAGUUGAAGGGAUUCCACUUGUUGGGUCACCAGUUGUUGUCGUAUUCUCUCACCGAAGAGAUCUUUGGAGUUUUGUUUUGUAUUCUAUUUGGUAAACCAUACAACCAAGACAUCUCUGUCAAAAACUACUUUAAAUCGAUCUCAAAGGAUUGGGAACUAAAGUAUCCAGGUGUCUUGGUUACCAUUUUGAUUAUUCUGUGCAACUGUACCUACGAAGCACAACACAUAGUCAUCAAGAUCAUUCACCACAUUUUCGUACAUGACCAAUUCUCACAGUUGAUGUUAGAGCAAGAGUUGAUCCAUCGUCUUGUCGAUAUUCUCUCCAGCAACUUUGUGAAGCGAAAGAAUUUACUCUUCAGCCAGGCAUUCAAUAGAAAUAAUCAUACCAACAACAACAACAACAACAGCAGCGAAUCAUCUACACCGAGUCACCUUGACCAAUUCCAGAAGGAAGACAGUUGGAAAUCGGAGGAAGCCGUUCUUUUGCUAUUGAAUGAGAUUGCACUCUACGGUGUCAAGAAUCAAGAUGCCAAUCUACUUCGUGACAUCUUGGUUAUCAUACAUUUGAAUACCAAGAUGGACUAUGAAUACAUCUGUUUCCUACAGCGACGUGUCAUGCAGAAUGUCAUUACUUUCUUCAAUGAGAAUCAUACAUUCGUUUCAGUGGAAUCGCUGGUCUCACAAUUUGAAAAGAUUUCGAUUCUCGCCAUCAACACUCUUUGCUACCAAGAGAAAUCCAAUGUCAUCUCUGGAAAGAACUCAAUACUCUCUGCUAGCAGCACACCAACCAAACCAUUUGUAUCGGCUUCGCCAGACUCUGCUCCGCCAACACCGAAAUCCACCGGAAUCACUGGACAUGUUGUUGAUUCGCCAGUUAUCGAUCUGUCAAUGGCUGAACACUAUCAAUUUGCCUACAUUUCUUCGAAUGACGAAUCCAAUGAAGACUCUGACUCCUCUUCGUACGACACCUCUGGCCACCAGCAAACGAAAAAGAAGAAAAAUUCCUACAUUCAAGAAUGGAUCAAAGAAGCGAAUCUCUUCAGCAAUGACGCUUUCAUUACUACUCUUAUUAUCGCUCUCUCCAAUAAGAAACUUCCUCAGUAUAACUACAACUAUUUGAAUCCAUUCUCAACACAAUACUCUGCCCGCUCAUUGCUUGGCAAGUUGAUCUAUCAAUUGUUGACUUUGCGCGAGUAUUCCGAUAGCAAUAUUCUCACUCUCUCAUUGCUGAUUGGCAUUGAUACCGCAAAUCUUGGAUCGGUCUACAAUGUGUCGGUUGCAUCGCUGCCAACCAUCCCGCAGUCACCCAUCAGUGUGUUGAUGCCAGAAGAAGACUUCUUGGUGGCAUUGCUCCAUACCACCCAGCGUUUCCUCCAGCUACCCGAGGACGAUCCACUCAACAAGGUCACCACAAAACUUUGGUAUAUGAUCUACCAAGGUGCAGGACCUGACUUCCUCAAGAAGGUUUUCGAUUGCCAGAAUUGGUCGACUACCGACACCCGCGAGAUUCUCUACCGCUACCAAGCACAAUACGUCGAGAAUGAAUAUAAAAAGUGGGAGGAACGUCACAAUCAAUCGAAGCGUGAAUGGAAACUGCAGUAUCUAGACACCCAGAAGAAUAAGCAAAAGAUUAUCACCAACAAUCUCGAUAUUUCGAAAUCCACCAAAAAGUUGACGGAAUCACUGUUGCAACUGAAAGCUCAGACCGAGAAAUCAUCGAUUGCCUAUUACUAUCAGACUAGAGAAUCGAAACGAUUCUUCCAUAAUCAGUGGAAGGCGCUCAUUAAAAAGGUUACCCAUGAACGUGCCAUCUGGGAAACUACUCCUUCCACCAAGUGGAAACUGGACCCAACCGAGGGUUCGCAUCGUAUGCGUAACAGAAUGAAGCGAAUCACUCAGCGUUCGGAAAUGACACAUCUCGCCAUUCCAAGUGAGUUGACAAAGACACCUUCCAAUACAAUCAUAAGCCGUGUCUCGAAAGAUGAGAAUCUACAUUGGUCAACCAACAAUCUUCAUGGAUCACACGAUUCCUACUCAUCGUUUGACAAUCUUAUGAUUGGUGAGAAAGUGAAUGGUUCAUUCCCAUGCGCCAAUGUCUCCCCGUUCUUCCAGCGUAACGGUGAGUUGUUAAUCGGUGACUUGAACGUCUACUUUAUGGAUGAACUGCUCAGUGAAUCUUCAUCGCAGAAAUCUAAUUCGCUCAACGCCAGUAGCAGUAACAAUAACAACAACAGUGGCGGAUCUCAGAAAUCGAGAAAAUCAUCAAUGUCCACAGGAAAACACAUUACCAUGUCCUAUGAGGAUAUCAUUGAGAUUCACAAGCGUCGUCAUGUUCUCAAGAACAGUGCUAUCGAAAUCUUCUUGGGAAGUGGUGUUCCUCACAAAGCAUAUCUAUUCGCCUUCAAUAAGCCAAGCGAUCGUGACUUGGUCUACGAUCAAAUCAUGUCGAAACCACUUCCAAAUCGUGUGGACUAUGCAGCCGAAGUACAAGGAAAUAUCAUCAAGAUGUCGAUCACCAAGAAAUGGCAACAUGGACUCAUCUCAAACUUUGAGUAUCUCAUGCAUCUCAAUACAUUGGCGGGUCGUUCAUUCAAUGAUCUCACACAGUAUCCAAUCUUCCCAUUCAUCCUCAGAGACUAUGAAUCUGAGGAGUUGGAUCUCGACAAUCCCGAGACAUUCCGUGAUCUCACCAAGCCAAUGGGUGCACAAGAUCCACAGCGUCUCAAGAAAUUCGUUGAGAAGUUCAACUACCUCCAAGAGACAAACGAGAAGCCAUACCACUACGGUUCUCACUAUUCCAACAUUGGUUCGGUACUUCAUUUCCUGGUUCGUCUUCAACCGUUUUCCUCGUAUUUCAUCGAUUUCCAAGGUGGUCGUUUCGACGUACCCGAUCGUGCAUUCCACUCGAUCUGCCAGUCGUGGCGUCUUUCCUCCUCGAUCUCUAGCUCCGACGUCAAAGAGUUGAUCCCAGAAUUCUUUUACCUUCCAGAGUUCCUUGUAAACUCCAAUCAAUUCGAUAUGGGUGUCAAGCAAGAUGGAAUUCGUGUUGAGGAUGUCGUGUUGCCACCUUGGGCCAAAGGCGACGCACGUCUCUUCAUUAAGAAACAUCUCGAAGCACUGGAAUCCAAGUAUGUCUCUGAGAAUCUUAACAAUUGGAUCGACUUGAUGUUUGGAUACAAACAACAGGGUGAAGCAGCUGCCAAAGCAUUCAAUAUGUUCUUCCCAUUGACCUACGAGGGUGCCGUCGACAUUGAUACCAUCGAAGAUCAGCUCACAAGAGAUGCCACCAUUGCACAGAUUCACAGCUAUGGUCAAACACCCAAACAGAUCUUCACCAAACCACAUCCACAAAAGAGUUGGAGAAAGUCAUCGAAAACCCUACAGGAUGCUGUCUACACCAACCCAUUGAAAUUAAAUCAAUAUCCAAUGUGGUCAAUUCGUAAUCCAGUUGGUUUCAUUGGUAUUUCAAGUGAUACACCAAUUCCAUUAUCAUCACAAAAGAUUCUAUUCUAUCCAGAUACAAAUAAAUUUGUGUCAUGGGGACAUUGGGAUCAAAAUUUGAGAAUCUGUUCAUUGGAUACUGGAAAGGUGAUUUCAUUGAUUGAAGUUGUCAAUGAUGAUAUUAUUUGUUGUGAUAUUACAAAGAAUGGAAGAUUAUUUGUUACAGGUGGAACUUCUGGUACUAUCAAGGUUUGGAAACGUUCUAACAGCGAUGGAACCUUUAUGACUAGAAAAGAGCGUGGUGACAAUCUCACGCUCUGGUCUAAGCUCUAUGGACAUACCGAUUCGAUUCUCUGUGUAACAGUGUCACAGGAGUUCAGUGUCAUUGUUAGUGGUUCCAAAGAUCACAGUUGCAUCGUGUGGGAUCUCAAUAGACUUUCCUACGUAAUGAGCUUACCACAUGACAAUCCUGUAACCUGUGUACAAGUAUCGCCAACUACCAACUACACUGCCUCUGCCGAGACCAACAUUACCGGUGACCACGGUGCACUCAGACUCUGGUCACCCAAAGGUGAUUUGAUCUCUCGUGUACCGAUUCCUAACGAUCGUAUCAACUGUAUGGUGUUCACAUCUGGCAUUGAGGGUGUAGUGACCAACUUGUUGAUCACAGGUAUGGAGUCCGGUAAGAUUGUUCUAUGGAAUGCAUGGAAUCUCACGAAAAUCAGAGUGUUGUCCACCAAGAAUCCAGUGACUGCAGUUGGUGUUAGUAAAGAUCAUACACAACUGAUAGUAGGUGAUGCAACUGGUACACUUGAAUGUUGGAGUUCCAAGUCAUUCGAUGGUUACUCAGCAUUAGUUGGUUAA